UGCGCCUCUGUGUCGAGCGUCGAAAGCAUUGCGUCUACAAUGCCUAUUAUUGUAGGUUUAUAUCAUAUGGUAUGAAUAAUAGCCUCCAAGUACUACGACUUCGGUAAGUCCAAUAAACUCGAGGAAUGGAUAGCAGUAUGGGAACAGGUUAUACAGUCUGUAUUUGAACAGAUAAUAGAUAACCUCAGGGGAUUCAUCUAUGGUUACGUUAAGAAACUUGAUACGUAUAAGUGGAAUACUCAUAGUCAGGUAGUCCUAAUUGGAAUAUGACGGCUAUUUUGCAUAAAAGCUAUUAUAAAUGUCUCUCAUUAUAUUAGUUACCUAUAUUAUGCACACUGCUGUAAAUCAACAGUUGAUACUUUGGAAUCAGAUACGCAAGGACCUACGGAUGAAAAGACAUUAAAAUCAGACGACUCGGAACUUAGGGAAUUAACCGCCACCGACAAUAGUAAUAUUGACGAGCGGAAUCAGAGUCCUCGUAGUAGUAAUGAUAUUGAUAAUGAUAACAUUGCGAAGGGGGACAGUGAAUUGUGAACAUUGAUGAAACCUUCCAAUAAUCAGCAUGAAAGCGGUAAAAACCCUUCAAGAAAGCCUGUGCGUAAAACACGUCCAGUCCUGAUUGUAGAAGUUAGUAAGAAAUUGAAGAAAUAUGUUAGUAAAGAUGGUAAAUAUUUUAAUAUUAAUGAGUUAAUCGGUGAUCCUUACUUUUUAAUAGCUUGUUAUGAGGAAAUCAAAGGUAAAUCAGGAAAUAUGACAAAAGGUAUAGAUAAUUAUACUCUCGAUGGUAUUAAUGGGAAAUGAUUCAUUAAAACAGCCAUGAAACUCAAGAAGGGUACGUAUAAAUUUAACCCUGCUAGAUUGGUGGAAAUACCUAAGAGUAACGGGAAAACUAGAACUCUUAGUAUUACAUCUCCUAGUGAUAAAAUAGUACAGAAAGCAUUUGCUGUUAUACUAGAAGCCAUAUAUGAACCCCUAUUUAAAUCAUCUUCUUAUGGUUUUAGACCUAAACUAGGUGUACAUGAUGCUCUACAUACAGUGAAACUUCAAGGAGCAGCAUAUAGUUGAGUCAUUCAAGGUGUCAUCUCUAAAUGUUUUGAUUCUAUUCCUCAUUAUAUUAUUAGAAGAGAAAUAAAUAAAACUAUUGCUUGUCCCAAUACGAAGGCUUUUAUUAAUAAACUAAUUGCUUAUCCUUAUGUUGAUAAGGCUGGUAACACUUUCAAAACUCAAAUUGGUGUUCCUCAGGGAACAGUUUGUAGCCCUGUAAUUGCUAAUAUUGUGUUACACUUAUUAGACCAAUACAUGGAAGAUUAUGCUACCUCUUUCUAUAAAGGUAAAUUACGUAAGCACAACCCUGUUUACAUUAACUUACAAUAUUUAAGAAAGAAAGCUUUAGAUAAUAAGGACUAUAAAUUAGCUAUUAAGUACCUUGUACAGAUGAGACGUAUUCCAGGUUAUGUUCCUAUGGACCCUAACUUUAGACGUUUACUCUAUAUUAGAUAUGUAGAUGAUUUUAUAAUAUUAGUGAUAGGUAGCAUGAAAGAAUGUGAUAAAAUCCGUGAUGACGUUACAGACUUCUUACUUUCCAAAUGUGGUAUAACUCUUAAUAAAGAUAAAACUACUAUAUCAUCUACUAAGAAGCAUUUCUAUUUCUUAGGUGCAUAUAUAGUGAAUAAAGACUAUGUGGUCUAUGACAAGGGUCUUAAAAUAUGAAAGAAAGGCCACAUCAGAUCACUAGUUAAAGCACCCAUUAGUGCAUUAGAGGAUAUACUUAUUACAAAUGGUCUACUUAAACGUAAUAGGUUAGGAAAACUCUUUCCCAAAGGUCGUACUAACCUGUUCACUGCUAGUAAUUAUGACAUAAUAAGUUGAUAUAAUAGUAAAGUAAAUGGAAUACUCAGCUUUUAUUCAUUUGCAUCUAAUUUUCCUAAACUUAGUACUAUCAUCUGAUAUCUGAAGGCUUCAUGUGCUUUAACUCUUGCUAAUAAGUAUAAGUUAAAGACGAUGGCUAAGGCCUUUUCCAAAUUUGGUAAAAACCUUACAGAUCCUAAUACUCGUAUAUCCUUUAGACAACCUUCUAACUUUAAAGUUACUAACAAGUAUCAAUUAGGUAAACCUAUUAACUUAUCUAAUCUUGAAAGAACUAUUAAUUCCUCUUGAUCAUCUAAACUUACUGAUACUUCAUUUGAUAUGGCAUGCUGUAUAUGUGGUGUUACCUCUAAUAUUGAAAUGCAUCAUUUUCGGAAGAUCGCCAAUAUUAAAGCUAAUCUACGGUUUAAUGGUUAUAAAUAUAGUAAACUAAUUAGUGACAUAAAUCGUAAACAAGUACCACUAUGCGUAUAUCAUCACGAUUUACUUCAUGCAGGUAAAUUAAGCCGUUGAGAAUACAGUAGAAUAGUUGAAUACAAGAAAUAA